AUGGAACCACAACCGUCGUUAAAUCCUAAGCUCCAUCUGCUCUGUAGCUACGGUGGCCGUAUAAUGCCCCUCCCACCAGAAAAAUCCCUUCACUACAUCGGUGGCGAGACGCGGUUAGUCAUCGUUCCACGUGGCAUCUCCUUUCUCGACUUCUUCAAGCUUCUCUCCGACAAGCUCCUAUCUGGCCGUUCCUUCUCUCUCAAGUACAAGCUCCCUAGCUGCGACUUCGACUCUCUCAUCACCGUCUCCGAUAACGAGGACCUACAGAACAUGAUCGCCGAGUAUGAUUCCACACGUUUACGGCGUAUCCGUCUCUUCCUCUUCCCGUUAAAUCACGUCGAGUUAACGCGACAGUCCGUGACUGUUAAUCGGUUGCUAGGUCUCGAGUCGCCGAUAUUUACCUCUUUGUCUUCCGUUCUUUCCAGCCCGAUUUUCGCGCCAAAUAAUGGUCCGGUACAGUUUGUCCAUCACAACAAGGUCAAUGCAACCACAGCAGAGGAGAAUCGGAGACAGGACGAGGCGGCAUCUACAACAUCCUCCUCUAUGUUGCCGCAAGAAAACACCUCCGCCGCUAAUGAUGUGGGAGGAUUUUUAGAUAGGGAAACAGAGAUAGUUGAGAUUCAAGACCAGCCACGGCCAAUCCUUCAAGAGCCUUUGCCGCAGCAGCAGCAGCAACCAUUAAUAAUCUGCUAUUUACCAGUCUGGCAGAUGCGACCACAUAUGGUUACUUAUCCAGUGGCUGCUUAUGCAUUGACUCCAGCAACAGAACAUUCUCCUAGGUUAGAUCCUGUACCGGAAAAUCAAGAAAACGCGACCUGA